AUGGAGCCUCUGAAUUUUACCACCACGGGAUCCGUAAACGGGUCCGAGCCUCUGCCAUCCUCGACGACACUUUCCUCCUCUGGUUCUGUCAACAAGGACAACUCCGACUCGUUCGCAUCACCGGCCUCAGUCGACGUCAAGAAGCCUUACGUUCGUGGCCACGCCCGCAGCGUCUCCAUCCCGGCUGUCAUUGGCUCCAUCACUAAUACCAGGAGCCGGCAUACAGAGCCAGGCACCUCCGACAUCCACCCCGCGAGAGCCAGCCUGCCCACAAACACCCACGGCUCAAUUCAGCUAAGGAGCACACGAGCUCUUUUGGCACAGUCUCGGCGACAAUCCACCGCUUCUGCCACUUCCACAGACGACAGUUCUGUGCCCAGAUCCGACCACGAUUCGGACACCCAGCGAAAACAUCUUGCCACCGUCGACGACCCAGGCAACCCCAGCCCCAGCCCUACUCUCGCCACUGCUUUGGCUUCCACUCUCAGAUCUUCUUGGUCCGAGACUGAUCCCCGCCGUCUUUCUAACAACUCGAUAUACUCGCUUGCUUCUGCCAGAGGCAUCAUAAAUUCUUCUCCCAACGCCAUUGACAAGGGGGCCAUUGCACGCUCCGUCUCGGCCACUCUCAUGUCGUCUGCCAAGGGCACCGGCUCCGGCCAGUCAGAAAGCGGUGUCUCCAAUGUCACCGUCACGACAUCCUCCAACUCGCAGGCCACAGGCCCUGCAGGUCCUCAGCUGACACCCCGAGACCCUCACUCGCAGCCGCUGGACCUGAUGCGACGCAGCCAGCGAGCCGAGACAAUGCGGUCGCAGCCAGACCGGUCCCGCAGCAGGGUAAAACGACGCUUCAGUGGCAGCACUGCCAAUAGCAGCCACAGUCCCAGCAGUGACAGGGGCAACCAUCACUACAGAGAAGAAGCCAAACCCGCCCAGUGGGGUGUCAUUGGCAUCUGCGCCCUCGACAUCAAGGCGCGCAGCAAGCCGAGCCGCAAUAUUUUAAAUCGCAUCAUUGCCAAUCGAGAAUUUGACGUCGUGGUAUUUGGUGACAAGGUUAUCCUCGAUGAAGAGGUCGAAAAUUGGCCAAUUUGCGACUAUUUAAUAUCCUUUUACUCAGAUGGAUUUCCUCUCGAGAAGGCAAUUGCCUAUGUCAAGGCCAGAAAGCCAUUUUGCGUCAACGACGUGCCGAUGCAGCAAAUUCUCUGGGACAGGCGUAUUUGCCUGCGUCUACUCGAUAAAAUAAAUGUUCGUACGCCAAAGCGCCUCGAGGUCAGCCGCGACGGUGGCCCCAGCCUGUUGACACCAGAUGUCGCAAAAUACAUCAAGGAAGUGUCUGGGGUUACCCUUGACCCUGUUGAUCCAACAAAAACGUCGACCCCGAAAACUGUCGAACUGAUUGAGGAUGGCGAUGCUCUUUGCGUUGAUGGAGCCGUGUUACGGAAACCAUUUGUCGAGAAACCAACCAGUGCAGAGGACCACAAUGUCAUCAUCUACUUUCCAAAGAGCGCGGGCGGCGGUGCAAGAAAGCUGUUUCGCAAAAUUGGCAACAAGAGCUCCGAUUUUGUUGCUGACCUGGAUACGCCUCGCUGUAUCAGUGAACCAGAAAACAGCUACGUGUAUGAAAGCUUUAUGCAGGUUGAUAACGCCGAAGACGUUAAAGCAUACACAGUUGGCCCCAAUUUCUGCCAUGCUGAGACGCGAAAGUCGCCCGUCGUCGACGGCAUUGUUCGACGCAACACCCACGGCAAGGAGCUGAGGUAUGUCACUGCCUUGAGCACCGAGGAGAGAGACGUGGCAGGCAAAAUCUCGACUGCAUUUGGUCAGCGCGUUUGCGGAUUUGAUCUUCUUCGGGCUGCAGGCAAAAGCUAUGUCAUUGAUGUCAACGGCUGGAGCUUUGUCAAAGAUAACGAGGACUACUACGAGCAUUGCGCCAGCAUCCUGAAGGACAUGUUCAUUAAGGAAAAGCUCCGGCGAGUGUCUCUCACCCCUCCUCUACCGUCGCCCGCCGCUUCGGAUGUUGAUCCCAUGGCAAGAGCGACGGCGUCGCUCAAAGAAAAGGAGUUACAGUCUGCCCUUGCGUCUCACGCCACCACAGCUGCUCCAACUCCGAUUGGCGAACCAGAAUCCUUGGAAACACCUGCAGCGCAUUCAACGCUCAGCACCACGUUACCAGUUUCCGAUAGUGCUCUGACUACAGCACUUCAUAACAAUGGAACAAGCCCUCGCUUUCCACCCCCGGCACCAGAGCUGACCCUUCCGGCCGCGGCUUCCUCGGCGCCUGGGUCCGUUACAUCCACAACGACUGCCACAACCCCUGGGCAUCAGGCUCCCAUUGACGAGAACCCUCCUGCUGUUCCUCCACCGAAACACUCGUGGAAGCUGAAGGGGAUGAUAUCAGUUAUUCGGCAUGCUGACAGAACUCCGAAACAAAAGUACAAGUUCACCUUCCAUACAGAGCCAUUUAUUGCUCUAUUAAAAGGGCAUCAAGAAGAGGUUCUACUCAUUGGCGAAGCUGCACUGGCCAGUGUCAUGCAAGCCGUUGAUUUUGCAUUUGAGCAAGGUGUUGAGGACCGCGGAAAGCUCAAAUCUCUGCGAAACGUGCUCGUCAAGAAAGGCAGCUGGGCUGGAACAAAGGUUCAAAUCAAGCCCAUGUUCCGUAAAGAGAAGUCAGACCAAUCUGCCAAGGGACUUCCAAAUCUCAAGGAAGAGGAAGAAAGUGCAGUACAGGGUGACUCUGACCACGUGGCCGAGGACGGAACCCGCCGCGCGUCACCACGUAGACACGAUUCGCUCUCUGGAGUUACCAUGUCCAAGUUUACGGCUGCUGAAGAAAGCUUGGUGCUGGACAAACUGCAGCUCAUUAUCAAAUGGGGUGGCGAGCCUACACAUUCAGCUCGCUAUCAGGCCCAGGAGCUGGGUGAAAACAUGCGCAACGAUCUCAUGCUCAUGAACAGAGACAUUCUGGAUGAGGUGCAUGUCUUCAGCAGCUCAGAAAGACGUGUGACUGCGAGUGCCCAGAUCUGGGCGGCAUCUUUUCUCGGACAGAAGGAAUUAUCCGAAGAUUUCAUCACUGUUCGUAAAGAUUUGCUGGAUGAUUCCAACGCCGCCAAGGACGAAACGGACAAGGUCAAGAAGAAGCUCAAGGGUUUAUUGCGUAAGGGCAAUGAACGCCCUGAGCAGUUUGCCUGGCCUGAGAACAUGCCCGAGCCCUCUGAAGUUCAAACAAGAGUGGUGCAGCUGAUGAACUUUCAUCGUCGUGUUAUGCAGUACAACUACGGCAAAAUUUAUAGUGGCGCGGCCACUUCGCUCGGUGCUAUUUCGAAUCCGAGCACCGAAAAGCUCAACGGCGAAAGUUCCAGCACGUCCAUUUCCUCGGCGCUUUCGCAUGCGAAUGCUGUAACUAGCAUCCAGUCCAGAUGGUGCUCGGGUGAGGAUGCUGAGCUUUUCCGUGAGCGCUGGGAGAAGCUCUUUUCCGAAUUCUGCGACGGAGAAAAAGUAGACCCGAGCAAGAUCUCUGAGCUUUACGACACGAUGAAGUUUGAUGCUUUGCACAACCGGCAGUUUCUUGAGUGGGUAUUUACUCCUCCCAAGGGCAUGUUGGAAGAGGAGUAUGGCUCCAAAGAGCGAUCGAAGGAAGGCGAAGACAGCAAGGAAAGCAAGGAUAGCAAAACUUCCGAGGACUCCAAGGGUGCCAACUCUGACAACUCUGAUAAGACGGAUCAGAACAAUCGUUCUGUUCGGAAGCUCUUCCGCAGACGCUCCUUCAUCAAUAGUAUCAGAGGAUCCAACGACGAAUCGCAGCCGGAGCAAUACUUCCGCUUGUACAAGGGCACCUCCCAAACCGCAGCAAAGCCUGAUCCUCGCCAUGAGCCCCUCCAGGAGCUCUAUAGACUUGCGAAAAUUCUUUUCGAUUUCAUUUGUCCCCAAGAAUAUGGGAUUUCGGAUAGCGAGAAGCUUGAGAUUGGUCUUUUGACAUCACUGCCGCUCUUGAAGGAGAUUGUGCAUGAUCUGGAAGAAAUGCAGGCCUCUAAUGACGCGAAGUCUUUCUUCUACUUCACCAAGGAAUCUCACAUAUACACGCUUCUCAACUGCAUCAUUGAAGGCGGCAUUGAGACGAAAAUCAAGCGCAGCACUAUUCCUGAGCUAGAUUAUCUCUCGCAGAUUUGCUUUGAGCUAUACGAGUCGGAGGUAGCGCCACCCGAAGGCAGCGCGCCUGGCGACGAGCCCGCAUUCACAUACAGCAUUCGAAUCACAAUAAGCCCCGGAUGCCACGUAUUUGAUCCUCUACAUGUGCAGCUUGAUAGCCGACACUGCAUUGGGUGCGCCCCAAGACGCAGUCUGACGGCCCACCAAGACUGGCUACAAGUAAUCAAGACAUUGCGAGCCAAGUUUACCCAGGUCAAAUUGCCAAAGACAUUCUUGGCGGUAAACCUGUCCGAAGCUUUCGACUUUGAAGAGAAUGACAAACUCUUUGUUGAUGAUGUGCCGCUCGAAAUGAAGGCGCCGGCCCCAAAGGAGCCUAUUGUUCUCGACAUGACCGACAUGGCUCCGCCCCUUCCUGACCGAACUGAAAUCGAGGACGGCGGAGAAACACCGACACCCAAGCAGGAGGCACCUCAGUAG